GUUUCCAUGUGAAUUUACUUGUGAAGAGAUCACUGGAUUCUCUCCAGAGAUAGGAAGAUCCCUCCUAGUUUAAUUCAUACCUUUAUUUGUUUAUUUUUCAAUUAGACUCAGGUAUCGAUAAAAAUUCAAAUGUCAGAUUACAAAGGUGUGUGGGAUUUUUCUUCCCACGUUACACAAUUUAAGUCAACUGUUUUCAGAUCAAAACUCAAGACACCUCCUUCACCACAUUUCCUGUUUGUAACUGAAACAAAGUACACACAAAAGAUUUUAAGAAACAGAAGAGAAAAGAAUCUGAGGCACAGAUAAAGAUAAGUUUUACUGUCAUGCUGCUUUUAACAUAACAGAGCAACAUUACCUAGGAAAAAAGUUUGUAGGAGGAUUUUUAAUCCAUAUAUUUGUCUUAUGGCUGGAUAAAGAUUUCUCUGAAAAAAAGAAGCAUGUCAGGAAUCUCUGGGUGCCCCUUUUUCCUCUGGGGACUUCUAGCCUUGUUGGGCUUGGCUUUGGUUAUAUCACUGAUCUUCAAUAUUUCCCACUACGUGGAAAAGCAACGACGAGAUAAAAUGUAUAGCUACUCCAGCGACCACAUUCCCAGGGUUGAUGAGUAUUAUAUUGAAGACACACCAAUUUAUGGUAACUUAGAUGAUAUGACUUCAGAACCGAUGGAUGAAAAUUGCUAUGAACAAAUGAAAGCCCGACCAGAGAAAUCUGUAAAUAAGAUGCAGGAAGCCACCCCAUCUGCACAGGCAACCAAUGAAACACAGAUGUGCUACGCCUCGCUUGAUCAUAGCAUUAAGGGGAAGCGUAGAAAGCCCAGGAAACAGAAUACUCAUUUCUCAGACAAGGAUGGAGACGAACUACAUGCAAUAGAUGCCAGCGUUUCUAAGACCACCUUAGUAGACAGUUUCUCCCCAGAAAGCCAGGCAGUAGAGGAAAACAUUCAUGAUGAUCCCAUCAGACUGUUUGGAUUGAUCCGUGCUAAGAGAGAACCUAUAAACUAGCUGGACCAUGAUCUAGUCAGAUUUGGCUCUUGUUGAAGAUGGUUUCUAAGAAAACAAAAUUUGCAGAGGACACAGAAGGACUUGGCAGCAGGGUGAUGACCUGAUCGUUUGUUGAUGGGAUGGUGGCUUACCUCUUAUUCAGAGCUUACACUUAUGCAUGCCAAAUGUAAUGCCAUGAAAAUCAGUAUUUCAAAUAACUUAAAAAAUGCUUUACUACCAAAAUGUAAAAAAUUAAUGUGCUCACCUCGGCAGCACAUAUACUAAAAAUUAAUAAAAUCUAGCUUGAAAAUUGAGCCUGAUAACAAAAUUACAAAUUCACAAUACCUAAUACUUAGGGAAAUAAAAAAAAAUUUAAAUAUGAAUGUAUUCUGGAACACGUUAGAAGAAAAAUAAAAGCCAAUGAGUUUUUUUUUAAUUCUCCUUUCUCACCAAUGGGCAAUAGCCCAUAAUUGAAAUAAAUUUCUAAUUGAAAGGUAUAGGAAGCAUUAAAAUGCAUUACUAAGAGAAGUAAUAUAAUUUUCUUACAAAGUAUUUUUCCCAAAGAUAGCUUUACUAUUUCAAAAAUUGUCAAAUUAAGGCAUGCUCCUUACAACAACAAGCAAAUAUCAAAAAGAGUUUAAGAAUUCUACUAGCCAGAGAUAAUCACUUGGAGAAACUUUCUAUAUAUCCUUCUAAAUAUUUUUCUGGGCAGCUUAUGUAUGUACAUCAGUUGUUUCUUUUUAUUUUUAACCAAAAAUGUGGUUUCUUUUGUAUACGUUACUUAAACUUUCUUUUCACUCAACAAUAUAUUGUGGAUUUAUUUUCACUGUUAUAUUUAACUAUAUAUAAAUACACACAUAUUGUAACUUAAUGUCUGCUUAGCACCCCACUGAUAACCCAAUCUCAGUUUAUUUAAAUAAUUUUAAUGACUUUUUAAAAACAAUUUAUUGAUACAAAAAGCAAGGUUGAGAUGACAAUGUUUCUUUCAGUAAUUAAAAAAUACUGCUUCACUGUC